GUGAUUUUGAAGGUCGUUGCGUUUUUGAAUUCAGGGUCACUAAGCCGGCUCAUUACAUUUUGGGAUAUUAAACUGUCAACGUUUAAUGGCCAUGUAUGAACUAGUCAGCAUAUUCCUCCUUUGCUGUGUUUGGUAAUCGUACUGUUCAUUGUGUGUUUCAAUUCAAACCAUGCUUCCAAAUUUACCCAUGCGAUUAGUAAACAAAAUUGUGAAUUUUCCAGCUGUUGUUAGACAGUCUAUUAUUAACUCGUGUGAAAAACUAAAAUCUAUGGACUAUCAUCCAAUUUAUGAAAUUUACGAUAAUCUAACCGGAUUGGAUCGUGUUAGAUCUUUACAUGUUGGAGUCGCUGAAGCUGAAAGAAACUUUGUACAAAAACAAGUCGAAAGGAGAGCUUGUCAAACAGAAGUCUUUCAGUUAGAAGAAGCUAGAAAUCGAAUUAACAUACAACUAGAUAGUGUUAAACGUAGUGAUGAAAAUUUUUUGAAAUUAGUUACCGAAUUACACGAGCUUUCACGUCGACACCAACAAGCUCGUGAUAAGUUAACGUCUAUUGAAUUAGCUGAAAAAGUAACAUUUGAACAAUUCUCUAGUAUUUUACGUCAUUCACAAGCUGAAGAACGUAUUCAGGCUAGCCGAAUGCGACAAUGGACUGUUGGAUUCAGUUUAGCUGCUGGUUUGAUUGGUUUUAGCGCUACAUGGUUACGUUUUCGUCAACUUGAUAAGCAAAAUGCAUCAACACUUCACUUAACUUCUGCUACCAGUCAACCAACUACUGAGUACUCCUUUCAAGAUAUAACUUCCUCUCUUCACUCAUCCAAUCAGAGAUUAGGAACCACAUUGGAUGAUUUAAAUCAAAUAAAAAAUAAUUUGAAUGAUUUGAUCAAAACACUGAAAGAAAAUUUGAACUUGAUGAAUAUGAAUAUUACAAAGUCAUCAUCUGAUGUUAAAGAUGUUCAAUUACCUGUUGGCAAUGUAAUUGUGAAAAUUCCCAGUAUUGAUGAAACAAAAUAUAUGUAUUAUACUUAUGGAACUGGUAUAUUACUUUUGUCUGCUUUUGUAUUUUUCUUAAUUAAUAGAUGAAAAUGAUAUGG